GCCAGCCAGCAGGGCCCGGCCCCGGCACAGUCGCUCGGCCGGCGGAGCCGCGGCAACUCCGGCCAGGAGGCGCCAUGGAGGGGAGCCCCAUCCCGGUGCUGACGGUGCCCACGGCGCCCUACGAGGACCAGCGGCCGACAGGAGGCGGGGGCCUGCGGCGGCCCACCGGGCUUUUCGAGGGCCAGCGCAACUACCUGCCCAACUUCAUCCAGAGCGUGCUGUCGUCCAUCGACCUGCGCGACCGCCAGGGCUGCACCAUGGUGGUGGGCAGCGACGGCAGGUACUUCAGCCGCACGGCCACUGAGAUUGUGGUGCAGAUGGCCGCGGCCAACGGGAUUGGGCGACUGAUUAUUGGACAGAAUGGCAUCCUGUCCACCCCUGCUGUCUCCUGCAUUAUCAGAAAGAUCAAAGCAGCUGGAGGAAUCAUGCUGACAGCCAGCCACUGCCCUGGAGGGCCAGGAGGAGUGUUUGGAGUCAAGUUUAAUGUUUCCAAUGGAGGUCCUGCGCCGGAUGUGGUCUCAGACAAAAUCUAUCAGAUCAGCAAGACAAUCGAGGAAUAUGCCAUAUGCCCUGACCUCCGAAUUGACCUGUCCCGACUAGGACGCCAGGAAUUUGACCUGGAGAACAAAUUCAAGCCGUUCAGAGUGGAGAUAGUGGACCCAGUGGAUAUCUAUCUCAACCUCCUGCGGACCGUCUUCGACUUCAGCGCCAUCAAGAGCUUGCUGACUGGGCCUGGCCAACUGAAGAUCCGCGUUGAUGCGAUGCAUGGAGUGAUGGGACCCUACGUGAGGAAAGUCCUGUGUGAUGAGCUGGGAGCCCCAGCCAAUUCUGCCAUAAACUGUAUUCCCCUGGAAGACUUCGGAGGGCAACACCCUGACCCAAACUUGACCUACGCAACAGCCCUUCUUGAAACUAUGAAAGGAGGGGAGUACGGGUUCGGAGCUGCAUUCGACGCCGAUGGGGACCGUUAUAUGAUCCUAGGCCAAAAUGGCUUCUUUGUGAGCCCUUCCGACUCCCUGGCCAUCAUUGCUGCCAACCUGUCUUGCAUUCCGUAUUUCCGUCAGGUGGGCGUCCGCGGGUUUGGGCGGAGCAUGCCAACCAGCACGGCCCUGGACAGGGUGGCCAAAUCCAUGAAGGUCCCUGUAUAUGAGACCCCAGCGGGAUGGAGAUUCUUCUCAAAUCUGAUGGACUCAGGACGGUGCUCUCUGUGUGGAGAAGAGAGCUUUGGCACUGGCUCUGACCACCUCCGUGAGAAGGACGGCCUCUGGGCUGUCUUGGUCUGGCUCUCCAUCCUCGCUGCCCGGAAGCAGAGCGUGGAGGAGAUCGUCCGAGAUCACUGGGCCAAAUUUGGUCGCCACUAUCACUGCAGAUUUGACUAUGAAGGACUGGAGCCUAAGACAACGUAUUACAUCAUGAGAGACUUGGAGGCCCUGGUCACGGACAAGUCCUUCAUCGGCCAGCAGUUCGCUGUGGGGAGCCAUGUCUACAGUGUGGCGAAGACAGACAGCUUUGAAUAUGUGGACCCCGUGGAUGGCACCGUGACCAAGAAACAGGGCCUGAGGAUCAUUUUCUCAGAUGCAUCGCGGCUCAUCUUCCGGCUGAGCUCGUCUAGUGGUGUGCGGGCCACCAUCCGGCUGUAUGCAGAGAGCUAUGAGCGGGAUCCCAGCAGCCAUGACCAGGAGCCACAGGCGGUGCUGAGCCCUUUGAUAGCCAUCGCGCUGAAGAUAUCCCAGAUCCACGAGAGAACUGGCCGGAGGGGACCCACAGUCAUCACCUGAACCGCGGCAGGCGGGUGGCUCACCCAGGCCCAGAGAGCGCUCGGAGGAGACGCGGCACCAAUGCCUUCUUGCUACCUGUUUGUGCCUUGUAUGACUUUGGAAAAAAACAAAAGAUGUCUUGCUGUUGGGGGGGUGGUGGGUGGGAAAAGAGAAAAAGAAGUCUGUUUCUUUUGGGCUUGGGUCAGUUGCUCCGAAUGUCACAGGGUCUUUAGUAGUCUGUCAAGCUGCACUGUCAUCUGAAAUCUGUAUUUUGUCACACAAAGGAGGCUGUGCUUGUGGGAGAGAGUAAGUGGGCUGGGAAACUCUUCACCGUGGCGUCUGUGUGUCCUUGGUGCCGCACGAGAAGAGUUUCUGGAAUCGGGAGAGAAAGAAAGAAUUAAACUAACUCAAAGCCAAAGGUACCCCUGGGCAGGCCAAACCAGACACUCCCUGUAUUAGAGAAGGAUUUAGCUUUUCAUCCUAGGCUAGGUUCUACAAUGGAGGAAAGGUCUACAACUCCUGAGAGCCUACUCCCCCUACCCCUGACCUCAUGAUGGUCCCUCUUCCCAGCCUCUCCUGUCCCGUCCAUCCCCAGCCUCCCCUCUGCCACCUGCUCUCACGUGUCUUCUAAAGCUUUCUACAAAUCACAAUGAUGCACUUCCAACAAACAUAUCAAAGGUUGUUUUUCUCUCUUAUUUUGUAAAUAAUAUUGUUUUAGCUAUUAAGCUGGCUGCAUUCCUUCAAAUUCAGCCAUUUGUUAUGCAGGUAGAAAGUAGUUUCUCGAGAGGGGACACUUCGAAUGAAUGCUUUAAAUUCUUCAGGGCCUUCCUUGGUUACAUCCUGCAGGUUGACACACGGGUUUGAAUGACUUGCUCCUGGGAAGACACGACGCCACCAUGUCCACUGUCUCUUAGACUUCCCAAUAAAGGCCUGUUUAAUGUGCUUGAGGAGUCCCUGGGUGGUGCAGAUGGUUAAGUGCUUGGCCACUAACUGAAAGGCUGGCUGUUUGAACUCAACCGGAGGCAUCUCGGAAGAAAGUCCUGGCAAUCUACUUAGAAAAAAAUCCGCCAUUGGAAACCUUAUGGAGCGCAGUUUUACUCUGACACACAUGGGGGCGCUAUGAGUCGAAAUCGACUUGAUGGCAACUGGUAUUAAUGCCCUUGCUUGGUUACAGUCCUGAUCUUAUUGGCAAUGGUUGUGGGAGGAGAGAAUGAAAUGUAGAAAGAGGAGAAAAUGCAGUGGGUGCUGGAAGGAAGCUUUACCGGUGGUGCACUUGUGGGCCUGAUGAGAUGGGGGGUCGGCGGGGACCCCUGCAGAGAUCCACACUGGCCGUCUUUGCCCAGGAAAGCCUACAGAAGCUCCAGCAGCCUCGUCUGCACUUGGCCAGAACCCUCAGCAUACGGGACCUGUUUGCAUCUGUUUUCCUGCCUUGGGAGCAGCCUGCUCACUUACCGUGUCAUUUUCGGGGAUGUCUGGGUGCACGUUGACUGUUUAGCAAUGCCUUAUUGCUGUUGUCAAGGUUAAUGCCAGCAAAAGCACCUUCCCAGAAGGCAUUUGUUUUCAUUUUCUAUCUAUGCUUCUGUCAGAAACCUGCUAGGACAUUUAGUAGCUAAUAAAAAAGUAAUUUUUUGUUUCAGCUUUCUCCAAGGGUGGUUGUGGGUUUGUGCUUAUUGCUUUUCUUGGUUUGUUUCAUCAUUUGAGAAACUUCUGUAGUCUUCACCUAUCCUGAUAAAGCUGCCUUUCAGGA